GUUAUAAACAGCCGUCUAAAACGACUUCACUCCUCCCCUUUGUUCCCCCUGACCUUUCCUUUCUUCUACAGCAACGAACGAAGAGCGGUCCGCCUGUCUCUCUCUCUAAAACUUUGUCUCUCUAAGCUGUGGCACUAGGGCUCUGAGAAUAGAGACUAAUGCUAUCCGAAUCAUUAGCUGAGUUUUCACUUUGGAGUAUGUGAGUGAUAGUCUCGGGAUUGCUGCUUGAACUUAAAAGUUGUGGUGUCUUUGAAUAUGGGGUCUGCUUGUUGUGUUGCUGCUAGAGAUAAGACUAUACCAAAUGGAUCAAGUGGUGAAAUUUUGCAUCGAAACAUUCGGUAUUCACCGUCAUGGAGCUUUCGAUGGGAUAACCGAGGGCGAGUAGCUGGUGAAGAGACUUCUAUGGGUUGGUCCUCAGAUGGGUUAAGCCGAAAUGAUCAAUCGGAAAUUAAAUAUGAGCCGUCAUAUGCUGAGGAUGGAAGUCCAUUGGAAAAUUUUCGAAGACAUGCAUGGCAGAAGUCCUUGACUUCUGAAGGAACUGGUGGUCAUGUGAGAACUCCUGCGUCAGAUCAAUCUUUUUCAAGGAAUGUUUCUAUGGAUGCUAGUUUGGAGCAGGUGAAGGAAUCUCCAACUGUUUCAUUUCCAUCUCCUAUGAUACCAUCGCUUUCAAUGCCUUCUACUUCGUCCUUGUUGGAGUCCCCUUUGUCGUCCCAAGGUCAGCUGCCUCCUAACAGUUCAACCCCAUCAAGGUGGCCUCGACGGUCUCCAGGACACCAGCUUUCAAGGCAAGUAUCUGAUAGCCAAAUCCCUGGAUUCAAGUCACCAGACAGCUACUCAGUUUCUGAAGAAAGGCCCGACAACCACUCAGUUUCUGAAGAAAGGCGAGUGCUCCCUUCGUGGAGCAAUGAAUCAGCUAGGGGCUCCCGUGGGGGCUCUUCAGACGGUUGGUCUAUGCAUGCCUUCAAUGGACUCAUGGCCACUUCUCGUAGAGAAAGGUGGUCUUUCGAUAGUGAGUCCUUUGGCUUUAAUCGCGAAAAGUUAACCAGAUCCAACAGCCGACUUUCAACUUCUCCCUCUGUUGAUCUGCAAACAUGUGGUGUUUGCUUAAAGCUUUUGACUGAGAAGUCCUCAUGGAGCAGCCAAAAGAUCAUUGCCAAUAUUGAGCUUUCUGUAGUUGCUGUGCUAACUUGUGGGCAUGUUUAUCAUGCUGAAUGUUUGGAGAAUUUUACUCCUGAAAUUAACAAGUAUGACCCAUCUUGCCCCGUCUGUACUUUUGGGGAGAAGCAGACCCUGAAGCUGUCUGAAAAAGCACUGAAAGCUGAAAUGGAUUUGAGGGCUAGAAAUAAGAGAUUGAGGAAUCGGGUUGUUGAUAGUGAUCUUGAUGGUGAUUCUUUUGUGCUUGAUCGCUUGAAAAAUAGUGGACGCCAGGGGAAGGGACCUGUGAUGGCUCUCAGUUCCAGCAUGAAAAGCACCCUGGGGAAGCCUUUCUCAAGGCGGCACUUUUCCUUUGGCUCAAAGGGUUCUAAAUCCAUGUCAGAGAAUCACUCUACCAGAAAGAAGGGUUUCUUCUGGGCGAAAUCAAGCAAAGAGUGAGCAAAAUCUUAAGCCGUUAGUAGAUUCCAGUUUUAGAUCUCUACAUUCUCAGUUGGAGAAGGAAUUAUGAAGAAUGCAAGAUGCCCGACAUAUCAAGAUUUUGUUGUGAAACAUCUGCUUCUGCAUGCACUCUGAAAUUUCAACAGCAUUAGCUUGUGGAGUUAGGCUGUAAAGAAGAGCAAAGGAAAUCUAUAGAAGGAACAAUUCAAUAUAAAAAGAAAAAUAUUAGUAGAAUGAAACUGCACCAUUGGACUGGUGGCCUCAUUCUUAUUUUGUACAGAUCAAUUUGUUUCUUGCAUGGAUACAUAAAUGAAUUGAUCCAGAUGAGCUUCUUUAUGGAUCUGCCAAAAACAAUAUCAUGCCCACUUACCCGUGUGCAUUAAUGGAAGAUGGUGUGGUAUUUUCUAGGCAGUAGACUUAUAUGAUACGUUUCCCUGUCGAUGUACUACACUACUUAUAUCAGACUUCUUGAUGAUUUAUCAAA